AUGGAAGCUGUGCUUGUCGACUGUGCACAGAACAAUCUUCGUCAUUUUGUGUACAAAAAUGCAACUUCAUGCGCGAGCCCACUGGAAAUGGAGAAAUUACAGAGAUUCUGGGUUUAUUGCGUCUGGAUCCCAAAGCUCUACUUCAUACAUAGGCAAAUUCGGUUGAUUCAAAUCUCAGCAGCACCAGAACCAGAGUCUCCUUCAUCGGUUACUCUUCUUCUCAUUUCAGGUAAGAAUAACUUUGUUGGUGUGGAACAUGGGAGGCCAAUGCUUUGGAGAAACAAGUACGACACAUAA